GGCCAGUACUGCGACAUCUGCACGGCUGCCAGCAGCAACAGGGCUCACCCCGUGAGCAAUGCCAUUGAUGGCACGGAGCGCUGGUGGCAGAGCCCACCAUUGUCCCGGGGCCUGGAGUACAACGAGGUCAACGUCACCCUGGACCUGGGCCAGGUUUUCCAUGUGGCCUACGUGCUCAUCAAGUUUGCCAAUUCCCCUCGGCCAGACCUCUGGGUGCUGGAGCGGUCCACAGACUUUGGCCAUACCUACCAGCCCUGGCAGUACUUUGCAUCCUCCAAGAGGGACUGCCUGGAACGGUUCGGGCCAAGGACGCUGGAGCGCAUCACGCAGGACGACGAUGUCAUCUGCAGCACGGAGUACUCGCGGAUCGUGCCUCUGGAGAACGGCGAGAUCGUGGUGUCCCUGGUGAACGGCCGCCCAGGUGCUAUGAACUUCUCCUACUCGCCGCUGCUGCGUGACUUCACCAAAGCCACCAACAUCCGCCUGCGCUUCCUGCGCACCAACACGCUGCUGGGCCACCUCAUGGGCAAGGCGCUGCGGGACCCCACGGUCACCCGCCGGUACUAUUACAGUAUCAAGGACAUCAGCAUCGGCGGCCGCUGUGUCUGCCACGGGCAUGCGGAUGUCUGUGAUGCCAAAGAUCCCACAGACCCCUUCAGGCUUCAGUGCGCCUGUCAACACAACACAUGUGGGGGCUCCUGUGACCGCUGCUGCCCCGGCUUCAACCAGCAGCCAUGGAGGCCAGCAACCACAGACAGUGCCAACGAAUGCCAGUCCUGCAACUGCUAUGGCCACGCCCACGACUGCUACUAUGACCCGGAGGUGGAUCAGCGCAAUGCCAGCCAGAAUCAGGACCAGGUCUACCAGGGCGGGGGCGUGUGCAUCGAUUGCCAGCAUCACACCACGGGCAUCAACUGUGAGCAGUGUCUGCCUGGCUUCUACCGUUCCCCAGACCACCCACUCGACUCACCCCAUGCCUGCCGCCGCUGCAGCUGUGAGUCGGACUUCACAGACGGGACGUGUGAGGACCUGACCGGCCGCUGCUACUGCCGACCAAACUUCACGGGGGCGCGAUGCGACGCGUGUGCUGAAGGCUUCACUGACUUCCCACACUGCUACCCGGUGCCUUCCUCCUCCCACAAUGACACCGGGGAGCAGGUGUUGCCUGCCGGACAUAUCGUGAACUGUGACUGUAGUGCUGCCGGGACCCAGGGCAAUGCCUGCCGGAAGGACCCGCAGGUGGGACACUGCGUGUGCAAACCCAACUUCCAGGGCACCCACUGUGAGCUCUGCGCCCCUGGCUUCUACGGCCCAGGCUGCCAGCCCUGCCAGUGCUCCAGCCCCGGCGUGGUGGACGGAACCUGUGACCGUGACUCGGGCCAGUGCAUGUGCCGGACAGGCUUCGAGGGGGCCGCGUGUGACCGCUGUGCCCCCGGCUACUUCCACUUCCCCCUCUGCCAGUUGUGUGGCUGCAGCCCCGUGGGGACCCUCCCUGAGGGUUGUGACGCCACUGGCCGCUGCCUGUGCCGGCCAGAGUUCAACGGCGCGCACUGUGACCGCUGCCGCCUGGGCUACCACGGCUAUCCCGAGUGCCACGCCUGCGCCUGUGACCCCCGGGGAUCCGUGGACCAGCUAUGUGGGGCAGGCGGGCUAUGUCGCUGCCAUCCUGGCUACGCGGGAGCCACCUGCCAGGAGUGCAGCCCCGGCUUCCACGGCUUCCCCGACUGUGCUCCCUGCCACUGCUCCCCCGAAGGUUCCCUGCACGCAGCCUGCGAUCCCCGCAGCGGGCAGUGCAGCUGCCGACCGCGAGUGACGGGACUGCGGUGCGACAUGUGUGUGCCCGGGGCAUAUGACUUCCCCUAUUGCGAAGCUGGCUCCUGCCAUCCUGCUGGCCUGGCCCCAGCUGACCGUGUCCCUCCCGAGGCACAGGCCCCCUGUAUGUGCCGGGCUCACGUGGAGGGGCCAAGCUGCGACCGCUGUAAACCUGGAUUCUGGGGGCUGAGUCCUAGCAACCCUGAGGGCUGUACCCGCUGCAACUGUGAUCCCAGGGGCACGCUGGGUGGGGCUUCCCAGUGCCAGCCGGGCAAUGGCCAGUGCUUCUGCAAGCCCCAUGUGUGUGGCCAGACCUGCGCGGCCUGCAAGGACGGCUUCUUCGGGCUGGACCAGGCUGACUACUUCGGCUGCCGUAGCUGCCGGUGUGAUGUUGGCGGAGCGCUGGGGCAGAGCUGUGAGCUGAGGACGGGUGCCUGCAUGUGCCGCCCCAACACCCAGGGCUCCACCUGCAGCGAGCCUGCUCAGGACCACUAUCUCCCUGACUUACACCACCUGCGCCUGGAGCUAGAGGAGGCGGCCACGCCUGAGGGCCAUGCUGUGCGCUUCGGCUUCAACCCCCUGGAGUUCGAGAACUUCAGCUGGAGGGGCUAUGCACAGAUGACACCCAUCCAGCCCAGGAUCGUGGCGAAGCUGAACCUGACCUCCCCUGACCUCUUCCGGCUCGUCUUCCGUUACGUCAACCGUGGGCCCACGAGUGUGAGCGGGCGGGUUUCCAUGCGAGAUGAGGGCAAAUUCACCACAUGUCCCAAUUGCACAGAGCAGAGCCAGCCCGUGGCCUUCCCACCUAGCACCGAGCCUGCCUUUGUCACUGUGCCCCAGAGGGGCCUGGGGGAGCCCUUCGUGCUGAACCCUGGUGCCUGGACCCUGCUCGUGGAGGCCGAGGGGGUGCUCCUGGACUAUGUGGUUCUGCUGCCUAGUGCCUACUAUGAGGCGGCCCUGCUGCAGCUGAGAGUGACCGAGCCCUGCACGUUCCAGCCAAACGCCCAGCGCUCUGGAGACAACUGCCUGCUCUACACCCACCUACCCCUGGACGGCUUCCCCUCCGCCGCUGGGCCCGAUGCCCUGUGUCGCCAUGACAACAGCCUACCCCGGCCCUGCCCCAUGGAGCAGCUCAGCCCUGCACACCCGCCGCUUGUUGUCUGCUGGGGCACUGAUGUGGACGUCCAGCUUCAGGUGGCAGUGCCUCAGCCAGGCCCCUAUGCCCUGGUGGUGGAGUAUGCCAACGAGGACGCCCGCCAGGAGGUGGAUGUGGCAGUGCACACCCCCCAGAGGGCCCCCCAGCAGGGGGUGCUCACACUUCACCCCUGCCCAUACAGCACCCUGUGCCGAGGCACUGCCCUGGAUGCCCAGCGCCACCUGGCCAUCUUCCACCUGGACACGGAGGCCAGCAUCCGGGUCACAGCCGAGCAGGCACGGUUCUUCCUGCACAGCGUCACCCUGGUACCCACGGACACCUUCAGCUCAGAGUUCGUGGAGCCCCGAGUCCACUGCAUCAGCAGUCAUGGUGCCUUUAGCCCCAGCAGUGCCGCCUGCCUGCCCUCCCGCUUCCCGAAGCCGCCCCAGCCCGUGCUCCUCAGAGACUGCCAGGUGCUGCCGCUGCCGCCCGGCCUCCCGCUGACCCGCUCACAGGAGCUGACACCGGGCGCACCCCCACCUGGGCCCCAGCCCCGCCCCCCCACUGCUGCGGACCCCGAUGCGGAGCCCACGCUGCUGCGCCACCCCCAGGGAACUGUGGUCUUCACCACCCAUGUGCCCGCCCUGGGCCGCUACGCCUUCCUGCUGCACUGCUACCAGCCCGCUCACCCGACCUUUGCUGUGGAGGUCCUCAUCAACGGGGGCCGCGUCUGGCAGGGCCACGCCAAUGCCAGCUUCUGCCCGCAUGGCUAUGGCUGCCGCACGCUGGUGGUGUGUGAGGGCCGGGCCAUCCUGGACGUGACUGACAGCGAACUCACUGUGACCGUGCGUGUGCCUGAGGGCCGGUGGCUCUGGCUGGAGUACGUACUGGUGGUCCCCGAGGAAGCCUAUAGCUCCAGCUACCUGCGGGAGGAGCCCCUGGACAAGUCCUACGACUUCAUCAGCCAGUGCGCCACCCACGGUUACCAGAUCAGCCCCUCCAGCUCAUCUGCCUUCUGCCGCAGCGCCGCCACCUCCCUCUCGCUCUUCUACAACAAUGGGGCUCGGCCGUGCGGCUGCCACGAGGUGGGCGCCAUGGGCCCCACAUGUGAGCCUUUUGGGGGCCAGUGUCCCUGCCGCGCCCACGUCAUCGGCCGCGACUGCUCCCGCUGUGCCACCGGCUACUGGGGCUUCCCCAAUUGCAGGCCCUGUGACUGCAGCGGCCGCCUCUGUGACGAGCUCACAGGCCAGUGCAUCUGCCCGCCGCGCACCAUCCCGCCAGACUGCCUUGUCUGCCAGCCCCAGACCUUUGGCUGCCAUCCCCUGGUGGGCUGUGAGGAGUGUAACUGCUCGGGGCCUGGUGUCCAGGAGCUCAUGGACCCUACCUGCGAUGUGGACAGUGGCCAGUGCAAGUGCAGACCCAACGUGGCCGGACGCCGCUGUGACACCUGUGCUCCCGGGUUCCACGGCUUCCCCAGCUGCCGCCCCUGUGACUGCCACAAGGCAGGCUCUGCGCCCGGCAUGUGUGACCCCCUCACAGGCCAGUGCUACUGCAAGGAGAACGUUCAGGGCCCGAGGUGUGACCAGUGCCGCCUGGGGACAUUCUCACUGGAUGCUGCCAGCCCCAAAGGCUGCACCCGCUGCUUCUGCUUCGGGGCCACUGACCGCUGCCGGAGCUCAACCUAUGCCCGUCGUGAGUUCGUGGACAUGGAGGGCUGGACGCUGCUGAGUGGUGACCGGCAGGUGGUACCCCACGAGCGGCAGGAGCCGCUGAUGCUUCGCGCAGACCUGCAGCGUGUGCCCGAGGCCAUCCCUGAGCUGUACUGGCAGGCCCCACCCUCCUACCUGGGGGACCGGGUGUCGUCCUAUGGUGGGACCCUCCGCUAUGAACUGCACUCGGAGACCCAGCGCGGGGACGUGUUCAACCCCAUGGAAAGCAGGCCAGAUGUGGUGCUACAGGGCAACCAGAUGAGCAUCACGUUCCUGGAGCCGGUGUACCCAGCGCCUGGCGACGUUCACCAUGGGGAGCUGCAGCUGGUGGAGGGGAACUUCCGACACAUGGAGACCCACAGCGCCGUGUCCCGCGAGGAGCUCAUGAUGGUGCUAGCUGGCCUGGAGCAGCUGCAUAUCCGUGCCCUCUUCUCACAGGCCUCCUUGGCCGUCUCCCUGCGCAGGGUGGCGCUGGAGGUGGCCAGUGAGAUGGGUGGGGGGCCUCCAGCCAGCAAUGUGGAGCUAUGCAUGUGCCCUGCCAACUACCGUGGGGACUCGUGCCAGGAGUGCGCCCCUGGCUAUUACCGGGACAUCAAAGGUCUCUUCCUGGGUCGCUGCAUCCCCUGUCAGUGCCACGGCCACUCAGACCGCUGCCUCCCUGGCUCAGGCGUCUGUGUGGGCUGCCAGCACAACACUGAGGGUGACCACUGUGAGCGCUGCCAGGCCGGCUUCGUGCGCACUGGGUCCGAGGACCCUGCAGCCCCCUGCAUCAGCUGCCCCUGCCCCCUGGCCGUGCCUUCCAACAACUUUGCGACAGGCUGCAUCCUGAGAGGGGGCCGCACCCAGUGUCUCUGCAAACCCGGCUACGCUGGGGCCUCUUGUGAGCGGUGUGCACCGGGCUUCUUUGGGAACCCCCUGGUGCUGGGCAGCUCGUGCCAGCCCUGUGACUGUAGCGGGAACGGUGACCCCAACAUGCUCUUCAGUGACUGCGACCCCCUAACAGGCGCCUGCCGCGGCUGCCUGCGCCACACCACCGGGCCCCGCUGCGAGAGCUGCGCCCCUGGCUUCUAUGGCAACGCCCUACUGCCCGGCAACUGCACCCGAUGUGACUGCUCCCCAUGCGGGACAGAGGCCUGUGACCCUCACAGUGGACGCUGCCUCUGCAAGGCAGGUGUGACUGGGCUGCGCUGUGACCGCUGUCAGGAAGGACACUUUGGCUUCGAGGGCUGCGAGGGCUGCCGCCCAUGCGCCUGUGGACCAGCCGCCGAGAGUUCCGAAUGCCACCCCCAAAGUGGGCAGUGCCACUGCCGGCCAGGGACGGGGGGACCCCAGUGUCGCGAGUGUGCCCCCGGCCACUGGGGGCUCCCCGAGCAGGGCUGCAGGCGCUGCCAGUGCCAGGGGGGCCACUGUGACCUGCACACGGGCCGCUGCACGUGCCCUCCUGGGCUCAGUGGGGAACGCUGUGAGACCUGCAGCCACCAGCACCAGGUGCCCGUGCCAGGAGGACCUGGGGGCCACGGUGUGCACUGUGAAGUGUGUGACCACUGUGUGGUCCUGCUCCUGGACGACCUGGAGCGGGCCGGCGCCCUCCUCCCUGCCAUCCGGGAGCAGCUGAGUGGCAUCAACGCCAGCUCUGUGGCCUGGGCCAGGCUGCACAGGCUGAACGCCUCCAUCACCGACCUGCAGAGCCAGCUCCGGAGCCCCCCGGGCCCCCAUUAUGAGACCACACAGCAGCUGGAGGCACUGGAACGACAGAUCUCAAGCCUUGGGCAGGACACUCAGCAUCUGGAUGGCCAGGCCACCAAAGCCCGAGCCCAGGCCAGCCACCUACUGGACAGCACCAAGGCCACGCUGGGCUGGGCACAGACGCUGCUGGCAGCCGUCCGGGCUGUGGACCUUGCCCUGAACGAGCUAGAGUCCCAGACGGACCGCCUGGCACCAGCCAAUGCCUCAAUCCCAUCGGGUGAGCAGCUGCGCCGGGUGCUGGCCGAAGUGGAGCGGCUGCUCCAGGAGAUGCGGGCACGUGACCUGGGGAUUCCACGAGCAGCCGCUGAGGCCGAGCUGGGGGAGGCC